CCUGUCUCUGUCUGUGUCUUAACUCUGUAUCUUCACCACACCCUUGUUCAACCUCAACUUCGAAUUUCAACUGCGCGUUAUCUCUAAGAUCCAAUACUUCACGUUUUUCAAUUUCUGUUACAGUUUUGAAGACACAUUUCGAUACUUCACUCGUCCAUUUUUAAGGGUUUUCGAUUGUAACAUAGUUGUUGUUGUUGUAUCCUAGUACGCGUGUCGUUUUUUUUGUUGUUGGAAUUUUUCAAUCGUAGUACCUCUAUUGGUCGCUUAAUUUUACUGGGUCGUUUUUAUUUUUGAGUUCUGUUCUGUAUAGAAUUCAAAGUUUGCUCCUUUUGAUUUGGUUCUACUUGUUGCGGAUUUGGGUUUUUCUUUGCAUUUGGAAGUGGGGGUUUGAGUGAUCUGGAUUUGAAUUGAGAAAUAAUUUGGAGGGGUUUUAUGCUUUGGUUGCAAAAAUGCAUCCUGAUCAGAGGAAAAAGUCAUCGGUGGAGGUAGAUUUCUUUACUGAAUAUGGUGAAGGGAGCAGAUACAAAAUAGAGGAAGUGAUUGGUAAAGGAAGUUACGGUGUUGUUUGCUCUGCGUUUGAUACACACACUGGAGAAAAGGUUGCUAUAAAGAAAAUCAAUGACAUAUUUGAACAUGUAUCUGACGCGACUCGCAUUCUUCGUGAGAUUAAGCUUCUUAGACUUUUACGUCAUCCGGAUAUUGUAGAGAUCAAACAUAUUUUGUUGCCUCCUUCAAGAAGGGAGUUCAAAGAUAUAUACGUUGUUUUUGAACUCAUGGAAUCUGAUUUACAUCAGGUCAUCAAAGCAAAUGAUGACCUGACACCGGAGCAUUACCAGUUUUUCCUCUAUCAGCUUCUACGAGGCUUGAAGUAUAUACACACAGCAAAUGUUUUUCACCGAGAUUUAAAGCCAAAAAACAUUUUGGCGAAUGCUGACUGCAAACUGAAGAUUUGUGACUUUGGUCUUGCCAGAGUAGCUUUUAAUGAUACACCCACUGCUAUAUUCUGGACAGAUUAUGUUGCAACAAGGUGGUAUAGGGCUCCUGAGUUGUGUGGAUCUUUUUUCUCCAAGUACACACCGGCUAUAGACAUAUGGAGCAUUGGCUGCAUAUUUGCAGAACUUUUAACCGGAAAACCUCUUUUCCCCGGGAAGAAUGUUGUCCAUCAAUUGGAUAUCAUGACUGAUUUUCUUGGAACACCAUCUCCUGAUGCCAUUGCAAGGGUACGGAAUGAGAAAGCUCGGAGAUACUUGAGCAGCAUGCGUAAGAAGAAACCAGUUCCUUUUGCGCAUAAAUUUCCUAAUACAGACCCCCUUGCUCUACGGCUGUUAGAAAGAAUGCUGGCAUUUGAGGCUAAGGAUCGGCCUACUGCUGAAGAGGCUCUAGCAGAUCCUUAUUUUAAAGGCUUGGCCAAGGUCGAGAGAGAACCUUCUGCUCAGCCAGUUACUAAGAUGGAAUUUGAAUUUGAGAGGCGGAGGAUAACAAAGGAAGAUGUAAGAGAGCUUAUAUACCGAGAAAUAUUGGAGUACCAUCCGAAGAUGUUAAAGGAAUUUCUAGAGGGAUCAGAGCCAACGGGUUUCAUGUAUCCAAGUGCUGUAGACCUUUUCAAGAAGCAAUUUGCAUAUCUUGAGGAGCAUUACGGAAAAGGGGGAACUGUUGCUCCACCUGAGCGGCAACAUGCGUCUUCGUUGCCUAGAGCGUGUGUGUUGUAUUCUGAUGACACGAUGCAGAAUACGGCUGAGGUUGCAGAGGAUCUAUCCAAAUGUUGCAUCAAAGAAGUUGAGAAACCGCCUGUAGAUAGGAGUAGUGAUAUUCUUCCAAUGACCCGGCUUCCUUUACACACUCCUCAAAACGUUCAAGGUCUUGCUGCAAGGCCUGGAAAAGUUGUUGGUUCUGCAAUGCAUUAUAACAACUGUGGGGUGGCAGCAGAAACUGAACAACGGAGGGUGGUUAAGAAUGCAUCUGUUUCGAAUCAGUAUGCUGCUUCAAGCUAUCCGCGGAGAAAUCCGAACUAUAAAAGCGAGAGGAUAGAAGAUGACGGGAUUGAAGUUUCUAACGGGAUGCAACCAAAACCUCAAUACAUAGCUAGGAAAGUUGCUGCUGCUCAAGGCGGAUCAGGUAGCCAGUGGUAUUGAUUUUUGAUAAAACGUGAAGUUUACGCCGCUUAAAAUUGCCUUGUGCCAUGAAGAUCUUGUGAUACAUGGAUUUCAUGUGCCACACCUAAUCUUGAUCUUCUGGGCUGCAAAAAGUUGAAGUGGGCAUAACCUUGACUAUGAUCAACUUAAGAUAGCUUGAGAAAUUCACUUACAAGGAACAAGUUUCUAGCGAACGAUUUCGUCAAUCGGAGGAUUGGAAGGGUGAUUUGGUCUAAUUAUGAUUUUCUUACACUAAUUUGUGAAAUAAUAGAAACACAAGAGACCUCAUAACAUGAAUUUGAAGGCAGGCUUCAAUGCAGAAUAUAAGCUGUUACUUAAUAGAAUUGAAGCUGUUACUUAAUAGUAUUAUUGACUACCAUUAUAAAGAUGAUGUAUUUUUUAAAAAGAUUUUAAUUUGUAGCCAAAAAAUCAAAAUCUCUUCUUUCUAUCCGAAUAACUUAAUUUGGUGUUAACAAGAGACAAAAUAAGUGCCUUUUAAC